UCACAUAAAUAAUCUGUAUACGCCAAAGUUCGUUUGUUUUUCAUCGAUAGUUCGACACAACAGCAAAACAAGCGAAAAUAUUUCAAGUGAUAAUUCUUAUCAAUCAAGUGGUAAUUGAAUUAAGUCCCUGAAUGUGAAUAACGUUGGUUUGGUUCAUUAUUUAAUUUGAAUUUAGGAUCUAGAAUAAAUAUUAUUUUCUAAAAUGCAAAUCAAUCAAUUCAAAUGGUUUUUAUUAUUAAUGGGAGGUUUAUUGACGGUGAAUGCCGGUGAAUAUCACUACAAUGUUUCCUAUUUCGAGGUUGCAUUGGAUCAUUUCAGCUUUGCGAAAAACAAAACUUUCCAACUUCGGUACUUGACGAAUGAUACGUUUUCAAAAGAUGAUCGAAAAAGUCCGAUUUUUUUCUAUGCGGGAAAUGAAGGUAACAUUGAGACCUUUGCCCAAAACACUGGUUUCAUGUGGGAAAUUGCCGAAGAGUUUGGUGCAUCGAUAGUCUUUGCCGAGCAUCGUUAUUAUGGGAAAUCACAACCGUUUGGAAAUAGCUCAUUUGAUUCACCCGAACAUUCGGGAUACUUGACAUCGCAACAAGCAUUGGAAGACUAUGCUCAGUUGUUGGUUCAACGAGUCAAUCCAAAGAAACGGCCAGUGAUUGUAUUCGGUGGUUCGUACGGUGGAAUGUUGGCAGCUUGGUUCCGUAUGAAGUAUCCACAUCUUGUAAUUGGUGCCAUUGCGUCAUCUGCACCCAUCUUUCAGUUUACCACCGAAUGCGGCCGAUUCAAUACCAUUGUGUCCAAUGUGUUUACCGUUGGACAGGGCAAUUGCUCCAAAAACAUUCGCCAAUCAUGGGAUGUGCUAAAGAAACAGGGCGCUACGCAAGAUGGACUCAACGCUCUGAAAGCGAAAUUUAAGAUCUGUGAUAGUUACUCGUUUACGAAACUUAAAGCAUUUGAGGAUUAUCUCAAUGACGUGUACGGAGCAUUAGCAAUGGUCAACUAUCCAUAUAGCACAAGCUUUUUAGCUCCACUACCACCAAAUCCCGUCACUGAGUACUGUGCCCGGAUCAAUGGAGUGUAUAACGAUGACCAAAUACUCGAUAACCUUCACAAUGCAUUACAAAUCUACACUAAUUAUACUGGACAAACGAAGUGCCUUAACAUUGAAUCGGCUUUUGAUGCAUCAAUGUCUGGUUGGGAAUUUCAGGCAUGCACUGAAAUGGUGAUGCCGAUGUGUACCAAAGAGAGUAAAAAGAGUAUAUUUCCACCGUCUGAAUGGGAUUUCAAGAAAUAUUCCGAUGACUGUUUCGCCAAAUGGAAAGUGCUUCCGAAGAUAGAUAUGGCAACCACGGCUUAUGGGGAAAACUUGAAAUACGCUUCGAAUAUUGUAUUCAGUAAUGGUUUAAUGGAUCCAUGGUCUGGCGGCGGUGUUUUGCGUGCGCCAAACGAUAAGAUUACAAUAAUCAUAAUUCCAGAUACGGCCCAUCAUUUGGAUUUAAGAGCAUCAAAUCCAAAUGAUCCAGCAUCGGUGAUUGCAGCACGUAGAUUAGAAAAGGAUGCAAUUCACAAAUGGCUCGAACAAGAAAACUAUGUAUAAUAAUUACACAAAAAUUGUAGCAUCGAUUAAAAUGGUUUUAAAUUUAUUGAAACUAACAGGAUGAACAAAAUAUAUAUCAAAAUUUUCAAACCGA